GUUGCCGUAGGUCUGUCAGAAGAGUCGUUCUAACAGACUAAUGCUGUGUGUUCCUGCCAUGAUUUCUUGAGGUUUCUCACCGUUGCACGUGUUGCUUUUGGAUCGUAAAAGUGUGGUACACCCAUGGCUACCUGUGUGGUGUGUCGCUGGAUGCCCAGGCUACGCCACCUCCCAGGCCUGAGAAAAGGCUUUGCCAGGGCUCAGCAUGCGUAUAUCAAACCAGAGGAUGAAGCUGAUGAUCUGGAGGAAAAGAGAAUCUUGUCGCAGCACAAUGGAGUAUGUUUAGAAGGUUACAGGCUCCGUUACAGCCCUUCUUCAUAUCAUCACUCUGCAUUGAACUCUGCAGCCUCCCAUAGCCAAACAGACAACGAUGAAGAUGAGCAGUGUCUACCCACUCUCGCACCUUCUUUCUGGCAACGGAGCAAUCGCUACAGUGUGAGUUGCUCACGACACCUCUCCAGCUCAAAGAACACUCUUCUGGACUUGGCUUUCAAUAAAAGCUCUGAACCAGAGAUCCCCUCAGCGUCCUCUUACCAGAGAAAACCUGUACUACCAGAUGUUAAAGUAGAGACGCGUGCCUUCCACAAAUGCAGACCAGAGUAUGCCUCAAUGAGCCUAGACCUUAACCAAAGACCUCACCCACUCAAAUGGGAGGAGGCAAUGCAGCUGCUCCAAAAAGUGGCUGUUUUAAAGGGCAGCAUGAAAGCAUCUGAUGUGUCUCAGUUUCUUUUGGAGCUCAGUCGAUUGCACCCAGACAAGAUGCCGUUAGUGAGGAGUGACCAGCGCUUCAUCAUGCUCCUCCGAUAUUCCGUGGAACACCUUCGCCACUUUACUCAACUUCAGCUGCUGGAGGUGCUGCAGUCAUUUGUGUGGCUGGGCAUGCCCUCUGCCCACGCUGUACUCGAACUGUACGAGACUGAGCUGAGUUGCCGGUCCAGUCAGAUGACUUUGCAUCAGUUGAUUUUAGCUGCUGAUUUGUGGCGCUGUAUAGGGAAGCAGGCACCUCAGUUCCUACUGCACCUCUAUGACUCUGUUCGUCUGCAUCUGGGACAAUUGGGCGUGCCCGAGCUGGUCCAACUGUUGUAUAUAUUGGGAGAGGGUAGGCAGUGUCCAAAAGACUUGAUCCGUCCUCUGGAGCAGCUUCUCAUGCAUCAUUUGCUACAAUUGCGACCUGAGGAGGUUGGUGUUAUAUGCUUAGGACUCUUUAAAUCCCAAACUUCAAUAUCUGAGAGUGCAGUAACUCGCAUUGUCGAUAAGGCACUCUCUUUUGUGAAGGAGAUGAGCGACUUUGCCAUGGUGAAUGUGUUGAAGUACUUGCGUUUCAGUUAUUUAUAUCACAGGGCAUGGCUGGAGGCCAUGGCAGAGGAAGUUCCUAAGCGUGCCCACAGAAUGGGUGUCAAGGGGCUAAUGCACGUGGUACUGACCUGUUCUGCUCUUCAUUACAGUAAUGACAGUAUCCUUACUGCUGUCGCUGACAGAGUACCCUUGCUAGUGCCACACUGCAGAAGUAAAGACUCAUGCAAACUCUUGUGGGCUUAUGGCACAUUAGGGUUUCUCCCAUCACGGAGUCCAAGCUUCUAUCCAAGUCUUACAGAAUCCCUGAGGCAAAGGAAAGCUGAAUUUCAACGAUACCCAGAGCAUCUGCUCACUGGUCUUUUAGGCUUGGCCUUUGUCUCACAGUUCCCAGAGGACCUAAUUGCAUUAGCCUUGAGCCCUGAUUUUAUCAACUUAGCACUGAAAUGCACACAGCUUGAGCUGAAGAAGGAUUUGUUCACUUUAGAUGGAGUUGUAGCUUUGGAGUUGCCUCAGUGGACUGGCCCUCGACUGAGCAAUGAACUUCGAGAUGAGGUUACAGAAAUGCUGUGGACGUUUGCUCAGUCAGAUGUGUGCCAGAAACCUGAGGUUCAGGAGGCAGAAUCUGCUCUGAAAGAUCUGCUUGGUGGAGAGGAGUUUGUAUGUAAAAGAAUGAUCCUUCCCCAUACUCGCUCCAUUGACCUGGAAGUGCACCUCAACUCCACUGGGCAGCCUGUACCUGUGAACCAAGCAUCUCUAGAACAAAGCUCAUCCACAUUUCCUUCUAAUCAGGGUUGGGGGAAAUUAAAUGUAGGAGUUACAAUAACUGAUGAACUUUUAGCACAGUUGAUAAAUAAAAACAACAACACAAAAUCGCCUUUGGCUCAAUCACCUAAAGUGAAGACUACAUCUCUUCAAAGAUUACGGCCCGAUGAAAGUGGGAGACUCUUUGACACAGUGCUAGACUUGACCACUGAUAUUAUAGAAACUCUGACCAAACCCAGUCACCUUGGGUCUUCUCGCAAGGACUCCAAUGAGAUAGUCAAAAUUGCCGUACAGGUCUCGAACAGGAACCACUUCUGCUCCCAGUCACAGCAGCUCCUGGGACUUCAUGCCAUGAAGAGAAGGCAGUUAAAGAUAGCAGGCUAUAGGGUUGUAGAGCUUAGUUAUCAAGAGUGGUUUCCAUUGCUGAGGAAAAGCAGAGCCGAAAAGCUGGCAUAUCUGCACUGCAAACUCUACGACAAUCUAUAAUGGAGCUCAGACCUGUAAGAGCCACAGUGAAGUGGAGAAAAUAUGGAGUCCGUUGCAAACUAUAUAACCAUCAGGCUUCUGGAAAAUCUUUACAGUGUGCAAAAUAUCUGCACAUUGCAGAAUAAAAGAUGUUUUGUAUUGCAAAGAUGUUUUUUUGUUGAGAUUUUUGUAAAAAUAUAUUUUUACAUUUACAUUUCAAGACUGUAAAAACUUGACAUGAAAACUAAAGCAUCAGCUUUUCAAUGCCUGGCUGUAGUAUAAAAUACAUUUAACAUUUGUAUGUUCUUGUGUGUUUACUUAAAUGUUAAGCUUUUCCUGAUUCAAA